UGUUGUCGUUCCUCGUUCAGGAAGUGGUAACAUGGGGCGAUGAAAUCCACAUGAAAGUCAUUCUACCGGCAAAACCAGAGGCGAGAGAAAAUGGCCAGAAGCUCCGUAUUUAUCCUCCUGUUGUUAGUUUGUAACAGUAGAAAGUUAUAGUGCUAUGUUAGGUUUGAUUCUGAAUGUGUAUUGCUAUCAUACCUCAGCCUCUAGUCAGUAAAGCUAAAGCGGGCUAGCUAGUAGUAACCUUAACGUUACGUUAGCUAGCUAGCUAACGUUAGCUAAUUUACUUGUAGUUACAUCAGAAUAGGGCUGGGCAAUCUUACCCCAACAUUGUCAUCAUGAUACGAAUAGGAGCGCAGCAGAUGGCCAGGGGACUGUACCAAAUAAUGGGACGUGAAAUCUCAAAGGGAAAUUUCAACGCCAACAUCAGACAACAAAUGACUUCAAGAGAGACUCUCCAGCAUCCCUGGUCCUCUGUCAACAGUGUCCGAACCAUGGCGGUGCUGCCCUGGCCUUUCUCCUCCCAGCCACGGGACUUCAGCCUGCCCAACUCGUCCUGGGGCUCUGACAUGAGGCGUGUGUAUGAGCACUAUAACAACCAGUGUGAGGUAGAGACGGAGGAGGGCGAGAAGAAGUGGGGUGUCUGGAGAAAACUGCCCAGCUAUAACCGCUCCAUCAAGUACGCCACAGGUGGGGUGUAUCUGAGUAAGAUCAUUCAGUCGAAGGCUCGUCUGUUCACGAGGAACAUCAGGGAGCAGGGAGCAGCGUUCGAGUACGUCAUGUUUGUCAACAAGCAGGAGCAGAAGUGUGUGUGUGUGUUCCAGGCUGGCCACCUACUGGAGGGACCCCCGGGGCAUGUCCAUGGGGGGGCAAUAGCCACCAUGAUUGACACUGUAACAGGGACCCACGCCACCUACCUCUCUGGGCCUGUCAUGACUGCCAACCUCAACAUCAACUACCGCAGCCCCAUCCCAUUGGGUAGUACAGUGCUGCUCACCUGCUCAUUGGAUAAGAAGGAGGGACGGAAAACCUUUGUUUCCUGUCAAGUGACCAACACGGACGGCUCCAAACUACACACAGAGGCCACAGGGUUGUUUCUGUCGAUCACAAUGGGACACCUAUUAGGAGGAUGAUGGAUAGGCCAGCUCAUCGACCAACCAGACGCUACAAACACACAACAUCAGAAACAGCACUGACUGAAUGUUUGGGUGUAUAUCAGUACCUCAGUGUGUUGAGUGCGGGAGUGUGUAUGCUUGAGUGUGUGCGUGCGCGCAUGCGUGUCUGUGGUUAUGACUGUCAGAUCUAAGGGAAAGGGGGAUACCUAGUCAGUUGUACAACUGAAUACAUUCAACUAAAAUGUGUCUUCCGCAUUUAACCCAACCCCUCUGAAUCAGAGAGGUGCGGGGGGCUGCCUUAAUCGACAUCCACUAGUAAUCUUCUUAACUCUAGCAGUUUGCCUGUGACACCUGAUGCCUUGCGCUCUACUGACAUAGCCUACAGAUAUUGUAUAUCAUAGACAUAACCGGCUGUAAAUACUGUACCUCUCUUUCUCCACUGUUACACACUCCUGGACAACCAGCUCCAGUCAGAGGGAAGGACAUAACCUCUGCUAUAUUAUAUUUAUGCCAAGGCUGCGGAUAAGACUUUUCUGGAACCCUCUUCCAGACAACUAAAGGUCCCGACACUUCUGCGCAUGUGCAGGAUUCUCUACUUUAUGCACUGUCUCUGAUCUACUCGUAAACCUCCCUUCACAUUUCUCAGUCAAUUGUGAAUGAUACAUCUUCAAGUUUUACCGGUGAAACGUCCAUGCAGCAUCUGCAUACCUGUGUUUAGUUUCAAUCAUAGCACACAUUUUCCCUAGCGGCGCGUGUUGUUGAGUUUUGGCCACAUGAGAAAUUUUUUUUCCCAAUCAUCCUAAAAUCAUCCUAAAAUGUCAUAAGAAAUUAGGUGGUGUUUUGUCUUACAGUAACGUUAUGCUACGCUAUUAUAUGUGGUUCUGUUUUGUAGAAUACUAUCAUUGUGAUCUUCCAGACAUUGAUUCAGCUUUUAUCUAACUUUAUUAAACGAGCACCAUUCACCAGAGUAGCUUGUUCUCUACGAGUAGAACAGAGACUGUGCGUAAAGUAGGGAAUCCUGCACAUGCGCAGAAGCUUCAGGACUUUUAGCCGUCGGAAUGAGAGGUAUAGAAAAGUUGGAUCCGCAGCCACUCCGAUAUAUUUAAUGGACAGUUUAUUUUUUUGUAUUUUAUUUGUAUCAUUAUUAUUAAUUUAUUAGGCCUUUUGCAGUUGGAGAUUUUCAUCAUUGCUCAUACGUUAUUAUGUGACCAUUAUGACCUCUUGAAUAAAGCCUUACCUCUUGGGUACUGUAGACUGUU